CGCCGGUUGCCUAGAUCAGGAGCUCUGCAUCGCUCAAGCGCCUUGUUAGUUGUUUCUCUUACUGUUUACCUUCUUGUUCGAUCUCGCAUGGCGAGAAUCCUUGCGUCCGCAGCUGGAGCCGGCGCGGCGGCGUCUGCCCUGGGCUCGUCGUCGUGGUUCCUUGGGCUCUGCAUGGUCGUGGUCUCCGUCUGGGUCGUCUCGUUCGCCGUCUUCAUCUGCGGACGCAGCGACGACGACAGGCCCAAGCCCAACAAGAAGAUGCCCGCCCCGGCGCCCACGACGAAGGUCAGGCCGGCAUCAGCGACGGCGUCGGCGAGCCGCGGCACCGCGAGGUCGUCGUCAGGGUCAGGGAGGACGGCGACUGACUUCACGAGCGCGUACACAGCUUCGUACGUUGCCGCUGCCGCCGCGGCCAGCAGUGGUGGCGGCCACCACCAUCACCAUCAUCACCAUGGACAUCAUGGAGGCGGCGGAUGCGGUGGUGGCGGACACAGCGGCGGCCAUCAUGGAGGCGGAUGUGGCGGCGGCGGCGGCCAUGGUGGAGGCGGAUGUGGCGGUGGCGGUGGCGGCGGCGGCGGAUGUGGUGGUGGUGGCGGCUGUUAGAUUGGAUUUAUGCAUGCGGCUAGUUACUCCUAGUUGCCAUAAUAGUCGCGUUAUCUUGUUAUGCACCGUCAGUCAUAUUAGGAAUAUCGUUUGUUAUUAGAUUGUUGAGUCGUUGUGUGGAUGCUCUGCUAAUUUAGUGUCAGAAGCAUUUGUUUUUGUCCAUCACAAAUUCAUGUCAUGGCCGAAAACGUUUAGCAAAUCAUAAUGUAUUUUUUUCGUAUUAGGAAUAUCAUUUGGGUAAUGACUUGUUACCGA